AUGGACACUGUCGACCCGAGAGGCACUCAAGGAGAGAGUGAGAACAACGGCAACAACAACAACAACGGCAACGGCAACGGCAAAGAAGGCGGCGGCGGCUCCCAGGCGAAGGCGACGAGCGAAAAGAAUGUCGAGACGGUGCGACGUGUGUUCACACCAAAGUGCCUGAAGUGCGGGGUGACGUUUCCGUCCCCGCGGAGGACGAUUCCGCCGAAGCGCUGGGAAUGCCCCACGAAGGGCUGCGGCGGGAAGCUGUGGCAGCCGGACGAUGCAUCGCAGGUGUGCGAUGUGUGCGGGGCGAUGGUGGCACGCUUCACCCGACAUCACUGCCGUCGUUGUGGCUAUCUGACAUGCUCCAAAUGCCUGAAAUUUAAGACGAUCCUCACCGAAUGGUCGCUGACGGAGAAGCAGCGUGUCUGCCGUCGCUGUGCGGUGCCUGCGGUGCCAGUAGCGAUAUCGGGAUGGCUGCUGAAACUUGGCCAGCGUGCCACCUUCUUUGGGGAGAAGCUACACAUGCGAUACUUUGAGCUGCGUGGGACCGUGUUGCUCUACGGCAGGGCGAAGAGUAACGGUGAGGCCGAUGAGGGGUUGACAUCUGUGUCCCUUCCGAAGGAUGCACGGCGGGGACGAGGUACAGGCAGCGGCAUUAGUACAAGUGAUGGUGCCAACAGCAGCUCCAGCAAUAGUCAUAUGAAUAGUAAAAAUAAUAACAACAAUAACAACUGCGGUAGUAGCAGCAGCAGCAGUAAUGCCCAACCAACCAAUUCGAUUCUCACUGGACAGAUUGACAUUUCCGGGGCGAAGGUGAUGGACGUGGCGAUUCACCCACAUGCCUUUUGUAUCGUUGGUCCAUUUCUGCCGCGCGGCUACGUGCUCUCUGCUUCUAGUCAGGCCGCGAAGACGCAGUGGGUGGAAGCCAUCCGGGAGCAGGUGCGGAAGGCACAUCAGCAACGUGGGGAUGAGGAAUUUGAGGAUGACUUGGAGAGUACGGAGAAGGUGCUGUACGCAGGAAGUGGUGCUGAUAAAAAUGUAAAUGUGUCUAUGCGAGACUUUGAGCUGCUGACGGUUAUUGGGUUGGGCAGCUUUGGGCGUGUGAUGCGAGCCAGGCACAAGGCGACGGGAAAGAUUUACGCUUUGAAAAUCCUCGACAAGGAUCAGGUGGUUCAGCAUCAUCUGGUGCCCCACACGAAUGCCGAGAAGCUCAUCCUCAGCGAGAUCUCCCACCCGUUUGUGGUGAAGCUUUACUACGCCUUUCAGACGAAGCGACAUCUCAUUCUUGUGCUGGAGUUUCUGUGCGGCGGGGAACUGUUCUUCCACUUGCAACGCUGCAAGCGGUUUGAUGAAAAUCGUGCACGCUUCUACACGGCGGAGAUUGGUAUGGCGGUGGAGUACAUCCACAGCAAGAGUGUUCUCUACCGCGAUCUGAAGCCGGAGAACCUCGUGCUAGACCGCGAGGGACACGUGGUGCUGACGGACUUUGGCCUUGCGAAGCGUGACGUGGCGGAAGACGUGCGGACCCACACCUUCUGCGGCACCCCAGAGUACAUGGCGCCGGAGCUGGUGAAGAAGUCCGGCCACACCACCGCCGUCGACUGGUGGAGCCUCGGGGCCUUUUUGUACGAGAUGGUGGACGGCAUGCCGCCCUUCUACUCACCGAACGUGGCGGAGAUGUACGAGAUGAUUCUGCACAAGCCGCUUGUCUGUCCGGCGAGGUUUUCGCCUGAGCUGAAGUCACUCCUGGGACGCCUGCUGGAGAAGGACCCUUUGAAGCGCAUGACGAGCGGCGAAGAGUUUCGUGCCCACCCGUUUUUUAAUGGACUUGACUUUGACAAGCUUCUGCGGCGCGAGAUACGACCGAAGUUUGUGCCGGAUGUCAGACGCAACGACCUCCGGUACUUCGACAAGCGAUUCCUGCAUGAGAGCACGAAGAUCGCACAGUUGGAUCAGCCGUGCGACCCAAGUGACCCAGUCAGCCGCGCAUUUGAGGGGUAUGAGUUCAACGUUCACGUGCCCACGACGCAGCCCGCGAUGGAGGAAAAACGUGAUGAUAUCGACAGUCAUGAUGACGACGGCGGCGACGUGAAGGACGGGGGAGGAGAUGCCACACACACGGCGUGA